UCUGUGGUUGAGACUAAGGAAAGAGUUCCUUCUAGACUGCCUGUGUCUGUGUAAAGGAAUAAUAGCAAGCCUCUGCUCCGUGCUGGCACUGCAAGGGAAACAGCAUUGUCUGCAAUUAGUGGAAAAGACAAGCUCAUUCACGGGAAGCACAAAGGGAGACCGGUCAAGUAGUGGGAUGCAGACUACCAGCCAAAUGAAUGCUUAGCAGAAUGUGAAGAUAUGCCUGCAGUCCUCAAAAGAUUAAUGAGUCAGAUCUGCAUUCAAGAGAGAGAGAUUGGGCCAGAUACUGCCGUCUUUGUACAAUCAAAACUCCCAUUGAAGUCAAGGAAGCACCAACAAAAACAUACAUAAGGAUCAUCUACCUACACAUGAAAUGUGCUAAAUACAAUAAAAUGUGUUGAGUCACAAGCACGGAGACUUAAUCUGAAUUCUUUUCCUGGAGGAGCUGGUUGUCCAUAGAAAUGGCUUCCUAUGGGAAUGAGAUAGAAAGAUGGAACCUCAAGCAAGCUGGCAGAAUUGCAGAACUGUUGGAGCCAGUGGCCUCACCUGAUUAUAGAAACAGGCUCUCGCCACUUAAAUCCAUCAGCAGCAUAGACCACCUCUUAGACUCUGCUUACAGCUCUUUCUCUGGUGGCUCAAAUGUUCCAGAAUAUCAGUCUCCAUCAUAUUAUAAUGAAAACUAUUGUGUGCCCUUAGAGCAAUUGCCAUAUAUGGACUCGGAAUAUGUAAGAGGAAUUUAUAAUCCUAAUGCAAAAAACUCUGAUCCUAAACCCACACAUCAACACAAGUCACUGGAGCUGAGUAGUCAUGACAACUCGGACAAUACUGGGCUCAGUGGACAAUACAGAAGCACUCCUACCCAUGGGACUUUAUAUCAGUCACCAUCACCUCUGGCUUUACCCCCUCAUCCACCAUCACCACCAGCACGACUUCAUAGCUAUAAAGCUACCAGAAAUUUUGAAAAUACAAGAGGGAAAUCUAAUUCUGGAAAUCAUUUUAACUAUAGUGUGCAACUAGCUACUUGUGCUCAGGAUAUUAGCAAUGUCCUUCUCCCCUCUGAUUCAGGGACAAACUGGGUAUCCAGGUCGAAGAAUGAGGGGCUAAUGACCGAGGAAAGCGAAGAGCGGGAUCCAUCCCAAGAUGGCACAAAGCAAAACAAGCCUCAUGUUUUCAUCAGACCCUCUUCUAUUAUUUUUCAAGAAUAUUUAAAGUCUGAUUCUUUGGCUAAGACCUCAAAUCUUUUCUGUACUCAGAAUUCAGUCCAAGCUUAUAAAAUUCCUGAAGAGAUGAACUCUAAGUCCUCUCAUCCACUGCAUACCAACCUCUGUGCUGUUAAUGAUACACAAGAGAACAAACAGUAUCUUUUUGCCUGUGGUGUACACAAACCACCCUUUAGAGAAGCAGAUUUGCCAAGCAGAGUCUCAGAAUCCAGCCAACAAGAGGGACAGUUUCCCUGCAUUCAGUGCCCAGGCUGGACUGAAGAGUAUUCAAACUUGGAUCAGGAUGUAUUGGAGAGUAGCUCAGACUUAAAAUACAUGGACUGUCCUCUUCCAAAUGAAGAUGUGUCUGAGAAACUGAACAGCCCUGAGGACAAGAAUCGGUGCUCCGGCUCCAAAGAAGAAAACAGGAACGAUGUUUGGGAACUACUUCUCAAUCAACAUAUCAAAAUGCAGAAAUCACCACUGUCCGACUGCUUGGAUGGUGUAGAAACAGAGCCUACUCACCAUGGGGAAUUGGAUUUUGGAAAUAAGCAAUUUUCUGACAGUGCUGACCAAACAUCUUAUUACAGACCAAACAAUGACUCCCCAUCCCAAUUUCUAAAUGGACUCCAGAGAGAAACACAAGCUAACAAUAGCGGUCCUGACCUUAGCAUGAACCCAAAGGAAGAGGACAUCCUAAAUCCUGUUCAUCAUAGAAAACACCAACUUCAGUUUCAAAAGAAGCUUGAAAGGAAGCCUCAGGAUGAUCCUGCCAGUGAAAAGAUAAACAGGCAGACAACUCCGCUCCUUUAUUACCUUUCUGGUGGGAAAAACACCAACAUUCUGAGUCACAAAAAUCACACUCAGCAAGAUGAAGACUCAGCGAGUUUGCCUAAGACCUCUCCAAGGAGCAAUCGCCCUGUUUCUGCACAACCUAUAGAGAUACAAAGAGAAAUUAACCAGCUUCAAAAGAACAAACACCACCUUCAGUGCACAGGGGAUGAUACCAUUAAUGAGACUGGUGAUGUAAUUCUGGGGAGCUCUGCUUCAUCAGUGGAUGAGAGUUUCAAGAAUGAUUACAGGGAAAAACUUAAAGUUGCUCAGAGAAAGGUCCUGAGAGAAACAUCUUUCAAAAGAAAGGAUUUACAGAUGAGUUUGCCCAUAAGGCUGAAGCAGAAACCCUCCAAAAGACCUUCAAUUGAACAUCUCAGAUCGUUGUCCUUAUCCAGUGCAAAUGAGGAUGCUAAGUUGAUUCCUCCUCCCAAGUCUCUGGAAAAUAGCAGCAAAGAUGAAGAAACAAAGAAGCCACAAGCUGCUCGAAUAGGAGGAAGAAAAAGGAUAACAGAAGAACAAAAGAAAUUGUGCUAUUCUGAACCCGAGAAGCUCAAUAAACUGGAGGAUCAGCAAGAUCAGGGUGUAUCAUGGAGGGAAGAAAGCACAGGGGUCAAGUCGGAUGAAAUUAAUGAACAAGAUGCAAUGGCAGGCAGAAGAAAGAUUCUGGAAAACUGCGGGAGUGCGCUUGCCAGUUCCAAUCUCUCCAAGACCGAGUUGAAGCAAAUCCAGCAUAUUGCGCUUAUUGAAUACAUGGAACGAAAGAUUGCACAAAGGCCCGCUAGCGCUCUGCACAAACCACCCCUGCAGAAGAGGCCUUCCAAUGCUAAGAGGCUUCCUGAGGGCAAGACUUCCAACCCAGAUAUUAGCAGAAAGACCCAAAAGAAUGAGAUAAUUUGCCAAUUUCUCUCUCCAGAAAGAAUUCCAGAACCCUCCCCUGCUUUAAUUGCCACAGGGAUCAGGACCAAUAGACACAGUCCUAGUUCUUCUGCUACUGAGACAGUACAUUCAAAACCCAAGUCUGCUGUCAGGGAAACAGAUGGAAACUGCACCGGCAAAUGUGCUUCAGCUGAAAAUCUUCAAUCUGGGGCUUCUGCAUUCAGCAAAGAUCGAGAACGAUCAAAAUCAUCUCCUUCUCCUGCACAGGACCUUCAUAGAUGUACAACUUUCCUGGCAUCAUCUGUUCAAGGUUGUGAAAACUAUCCCAUCAUCCCCAGCUUCCCAUCAAAGAAUGAAGUCGACUUGGCAGAGGAAAAAGACUGCGUGAGAGAUGAAAAGCAGCGAGUCUGCACAGCCAGAGGAAGGGGAAAGUCUAUGGAAGAAAUUGGAAUUUCAGAAACUGUAAGACUUUCAUUGUUGAGCCAAAGCACAGAUCAGCUUCAUCACAUGAAAAGCCUGCACAUCUUGCCAGUGCCUGGACUUGAACGUGGUAAAAACAGCUCAGCUGCAAACCAUCAAAGUGAUCUGCACGGCACCAAGUCUGUAUCAGGAAAUCUGCCCAGACAAACAAAUACUGAAGACACUGUGGGGCUCGAGAGAUCAGAUACAAUGGUCCAAACACUUGAAAGGCUUCCUAGCACAACAAAGCCCUAUGGCAUUUCCUUAGGUACUGAAAAUCUACCCCCAUGGUGUGUAUCCUCCCUGGGCACAUUGCAAUCUCCACUAUUACAUUCAGAGUCUCCUCUUCACUCUCCACUGGCCCUAUCUUCUGUGGAAGAAGACAAUGUUUUCUUCAAUGACUCCGUCACUAAUGGCUUAGAAAUAACGUCAAAGCCUUCUUGUCUCUAUGGACAAAGUGAUACUUUAGUUUCAAGGACAGACAUGCCGGAAUCUCUCCCGACUGCAUUGUCUUUGCAAGUUGCCUUGGAGGGAAAGCAAAGUAAAGCAGAACAAAAAGCCAGACUCCAGAUUCCUGAGAAAGAUGAAUCCAGUCUUGGGGGUAGGAAUGAGGAGAAUAAAGACAGUAACACAGUUGUGAAUUCAUGUUGUCCAGAUGUCAAGGAACUAACUCCUGAAAUCCCUAUUCUGUUCCCCAGAAGAGGAGGCAAUGAAGAGACUCAGGUGGAAAAAGAAUGUAGAGUAAAAUCUCUGCCUGGCAAUGCUUCAAAGGGAUCCCCCCGGCAGCAACGAGAAGCAAAUGAUAUUGCACUUUCCCAGGAAAAAAUAAAUUGCCACACAGCAUCAUCAGCUCAGUCCGAGCAAGGAGAUAAAAUCAGUAGUUCAUCCUUAAAUGAAAAAGCAGCGUACAACAGCCAGAAUCGUGUCCUGCCAGAAAAGGAGACAGACUUUCCUAAAAGGAGACACAAAUCCCCUGAAGACCAGAGAUAUGAAGAACUUGUUAUGGAGAUCAUUGCCAAAGACAAUUCUCUGGCUGAUAUCCUCAUCCCUCAUCCUACCAGGAAAACUGCUCUAGACCUCCUGGAGGGCCUUUUUCCUGUUAACAUUUCAGUGUCUGACCGAUCACACAGGAAAAAGGGAGCUAGGAUGAGAGAAGAGGUGCAGCCUGUCCUGGAAAACGAUAGCAAGAAAAGUAUUGACGGUCCAACAGAACCAUGUGCUGAAGCUGAACACAGCGCAGGUCAGAGUACAGAAGAUCCCAGUUCUAACAUGAACCAAAUCCUGAUUAAGAACAGAGAGGGCUCAAAUGACCUUGAUGACAUCACUUCCAAGAAAAAGGAACUUAUUUCUAGCAUUCAGUCAAAACUGCAGACCCUCUGGGAAGAAAGGAACCUUGUCCUAUCCGAAAUCAAGGAGUACGUUCUGCGUGGUAAAGAGCUAGAGGCAAUGGUACAAGAUGUCUGCAAGCCCAACGAGUAUGAGCGCUACCUGAUGUUCAUUGGUGAUCUGGAAAAGGUAGUGAGCCUGCUGCUCUGUUUGUCCAGCCGCCUCGCUCGAGUCCAAAAUGCCAUGAGGAAAAUCAAUGAGAAUACAGAUGCUGAGGAGAAGCAAUCGUUAAAUGAACGGCACAACCUCCUGUCUAGACAGCGGGAAGAUGCAAAAGAUCUGAAAGAAAACCUGGAUCGCAGGGAAAGAGUGGUUUCUGGUAUCCUUUCCAAAUACCUGACUGACAAGCAACUCCAGGACUACAAACACUUUGUUCAAGUGAAGACCUCUUUACUGAUUGAACAGAAAGACCUUGAGGAGCAGAUUAAAUUUCUUGAGGAGCAGCUGGAGAGCCUCGAGAAGAGCAUCUUACUCUGAUGCACAGCAACAGGCCACCCGCUUUCAGGAAUGGAGGAUUUGGGCAUUGUGUUGGAACUCCGUACAUAUUCACCGCAUUGCUGCUAAGACAUGAACAUGGAUCAGUUUGAUGAAUUCAUAUUAGUGUCGAUAAGUGCUUAGAUGGUCUAGGGACAUGUUGGAAGGGUUCUUCUCUUUGGAUGAGCUGAAUGACAAAAUCUUACAGUAUGUAGCAGAUUGCAUCUUGAAACUGACUGAUGAGACAUGUCACCCUUAUUAAUUUGACAUUUUCCCUUCUCCCUGUCAUCUGCCCGUCUGUUUCCAGACUGACAUCAUCUCAAUAAAAGAAUCAUAAAAAUA